UUAAUUGUAGUUAGAUAAUAUCUCUCAUUAAUGUGUAAUUUACGCGCGGAUGGCCAGCGACAUACAUGCAUACUAAAUGCCACGGCAUGGCAGCCUAUUUACUUUCAUAUUAUAAAUGUAUACAAUGACAGUUCGGAGAACUGUGCAAAAAUAAGGAAGGAAACAAAAACGGAACAACAAAAUAAAGUCGAAGGGAAAUGCAAUGAGAUAAGAGGAGCAACAACGCUCCAACGUGGCAAUAAAACAGCGAGUCACUUUAGAGCAGCCAACAACAACAACACAAACCUAGAAGACAAAGCGCACGUAGUUCUUAAGCUGAGCAGUCAAGCUAGUAAGCAGCAGUCAGUGAGCCGCCAUCCAGCAGCAGCCAAGCCAGCUGUUAGUCAAGGCACUCAGCUAUUCGGUUGGUGUGUCAGUUGGUGAGCGAAAGUCAUCAGUCAGCCGGCCGGAAGAGUCAGUCAGUMGUCAAAAUAAUAGUCAGCCGACACGUCAAAAGCACUUUAAAAGAUAUUGCAUGUGAAGUAUAACGCCGGUUGGCUCCGUUUAACAGACGACGUUGGCCGACGUKUGUCGAGAGUGUAUAGCGAGCGUGUGAGCUUGCAGCGUCUUUCGCUCGGUCCGAAAAUUCCAACAUACAAGGCAAUGAACUUGCUGAAGCAGCUACUUGACGGCUGUUAYGUGUUGUGUGGCUUCAGUUUUUUGAUUUUCCUAUAUUUACCACUCAUGCUGGCGAUGCCGGAACAAACGCGUCUGGCGAAUGAUUUCGAUUAUCGGUUGCAGCGUGCGAAACAUGUGUUACGCGAGUCGCCGCUCAUUGAUGGACACAACGAUUUGGCAUGGAAUAUACGAAAAUUUUUGAAAAAUCGUCUGCAAGAUUUCCCAUUUGCCGGCGAUUUGCGUGAGGUGUUGCCAUGGUCGGCGAGCGCUUGGAGUCACACCGAUUUGCCGCGAUUGAAAGAGGGCAUGGUGUCGGCGCAGUUUUGGUCGGCAUAUGUACCGUGCUCGUCGCAGCAUAUGGACGCCGUACAGUUGACGCUGGAGCAAAUAGACUUAAUACGACGUCUGGUGAAUUUGUAUCCAAAUCAAAUGACUUUCGUCACAGAUGCUUCAGGAAUUGAAGAGGUGCACAAAAGCGGAAAAAUUGCCAGCCUGAUUGGAGUGGAGGGUGGCCAUUCGAUUGGCACCAGCCUUAGCGUUUUACGUAUGUUCUAUCAGCUUGGCGCGCGCUAUUUGACACUGACGCACACCUGCAAUACGCCAUGGGCGGAUUGCUGUAAGGUUGACGAGCCGGGAAAAUAUCCACAUAUUGGAGGACUCUCCAAAUUCGGCAAGUUGGUGGUGCAUGAAAUGAAUCGACUGGGCAUGAUUGUCGACCUGUCGCACGUCUCGGUGCCCACAAUGUUGGACGCGUUGAGCACCUCGAAGGCGCCUGUGAUAUUCUCGCAUUCCUCCGCGCAUGCCAUAUGCAACAGUUCGCGCAAUGUGCCAGAUCAUGUCCUGCAGAAAAUUGCAGUCAACGGCGGUCUGGUGAUGGUCGCAUUCUAUCCACAUUUUCUUAGCUGCUCAAGUCAGGCGACACUCGACGAUGUUAUUGUGCACAUAAAUCACAUAAGAGACGUUGCCGGUGUGGAUCAUGUCGGCAUUGGUGCGGGUUACGAUGGUGUUAAUCUCGUACCCAAAGGACUGGAGGACGUUUCGAAAUAUCCACAUCUGUUUGCGGCACUGCUUGAGUCCGACAAGUGGACCGAGGCGGAUAUAGCGAAAGUGGCGGGGAAAAAUUUAAUACGCGUUUUCAAAGAAGUCGAAGCGGUACGCGAUCGUAUGGAGCAGAUAAAAGUUCCGCCUGUCGAUCAAACGAUACCACCCGAGGAUAUAAUGGGAAGAUCAUACUGCCGUUAUCAAGGACCACGAACGUGAUUACCUUCCUAAGAGAAUGCGUUAGAGAGCCAAGGCCAAACGUAGUUGAAGAAUGAGAGUGUGAGGAGGAGAGAAUGCUAGAGUGCRGUAGAAUGGACGAAAGGAAGAGAGCAUAACGCGCCACAACAACUUAACAACUUAAACAAGUAAUGACUAAUUAUAUUAACCACAUGUGUUGGCAACAAAUUGUAAAAACAAACGAAUUUCAUAAAUUCGAUGUACUCGUAUUUCUUUCGCUGCGCACACAAACUUAC